UGAAAUUUUGCUCCAUGCAUCCACUCCAGCAGUUGAUGGGCGAACGUCGGGGUCAGCCCUGGAAAGGUCACCAGUCCAUCAAUGGGCGACUUAGAAAAAUACAGGACAGACAACCAACCACACAGUCCAGUACUUGAUCCUUCAAUCAACACUUGGUUAUGACUGCAGCUGAGAUAAUGAUGUAGGUUAGCACCUGUUCUGAUUAACAACGACCGUCAAUCUUUUUGCCGUGGAAACGCUGACCUAUCAACAACACCUCAAAGUGAGCGGUUUUCGUGAUAUGCAGCGCUGUGAAAGCUUCGGCCAUCCAGUCCACUCACAGAGAUUACAAAUUAACCUCAAACCUUUUUUUAAAUUGUCUUUUUUUUUUCUUCUUAUGUAAGAAGAAGGAAGUUCUCAAGUGUGACAUGUGCCCUGUAGAAAUUCACAGAUUAUCUUAGCAUUUAAAGGUUGUAAAAGUUGCCCAGCAGAGGACAUCCGCAGCUCCGCAGUUGCACAUAAAUAUAGCCUCACUUAGAGAACAUGCAGUCUUUUUACUGUUCUCAAUGUGCUCAGAGUUUUGGUUAACCACAGGCUGACUCGAGAAAAGGGCUGGGUAUGAGAAGCUGCUGUGAGUUUUCUAAUGGAACCCGAAGUUGCUUUAGUUGUCAUGUGAAACGGGACAGAAGAGAAAACAUUUCUGCUCAGCAGCACGGGUCGUCGGUACAAUGUUGAAAUGUGGAAAAGUUGCCACAUUAAUGCAGGAAAUCUCUUGGGGUUGUGUUGUAGACACGAAAGUGAACUUCCUAUUUUAGCCCUGCUGGUAUUUUGAGCUCUUAAGUAACACGUUCUCUGCAAGAAGGAAAGAGGAGUUCAAGAGAGAAAAAAACUGAAAAAUGUGCAGAAAUUUCUGAGGAAAAAAAGAAAGACAUGGCAGUGCAUGCUCCUGUUAACGGGACGACAGCAAUCCCGUGGCGAAGCAGCCGGCGGAGACUCUCGCCGCUGGAGAAGCUCAGGGGAUGUCAGGACGCCUGGUGUCCCGGGGCCCCUUGGGGCAGAGAGGGGGCCCACGCUGCCAUCCGUGGAGCACCAGCCGGGAGCUUCCUGGUUGUGCGGGACUCUGUGACGUCUCAGCCCUGCCUACUGUGUGUGUCUGCAGGGGAUCAGAAUGGAGAAGUUCUCGAUUAUAAUAUGAACUGCAAGGAAACAGCCUUCCAGCUCUCUGAGUCUCGUCUGUCUUUCUCUGAUUUGCCUCAGCUGGUGCUCUUCUACUCUCUGACCAGGGAUGUGCUGGCUGUCUGCCUGUCCAUCCCCCGUUGGAUCUACAGUCCAACCGAGAUGAAUCAAGAUCGUCUCUCUGAGCUUGAACCUAAAACGUGGUUGUUCACACCACCUGAACAACAAGCAGAAGAAAUGCCCAACAAGGAGCCAAGCCAUGUGAUGUGCUCCAUUCAGCUGACUUCCGCUAAUGGCGCCCUGUGCAUCAUAAAUCCCCUCUACAUUCAUGAACAUGGAGAUGACUGGUUGACUCACCGGCCAGCGACUUUACAGUUAUCAAGUUUCAGACGAGAGCGACGCCUGAGCACCACCCGGACUUGGGUCGGGGCUGGGAUUCAAAGCAAACGAGCCAUCUCACUGGACCAGGAAUCCAAGGCUGCCAGUACAGAGGGAUCAGGUCUGACCAGAGCCAGGUCCGCUGAUUCCCCUCUCACCCCACAAACGCCAACAGGAGUGGUCCUCAGGAGGCCCAGCCGGGAUUUGGCGUGUACCAUCCCUCAAAGAGCGAGCACGGGGAGCCUUUCCACGCCCACCACACCAGGAACACCUGAGCAGCACCGCCACAGCAGCCCCGUGCCUCAGUCUCCACACAGGGUGUCCUGGAUUGAAGAUGGAGUUUGGUUGCCUCCACCCAGGCCUUCGUCUUUGCUCCAGCCCCCAUCGCUGGAGCUCGACUCGCUGUCCAUCAGCAGCAUAGAGGAGGAGCAAGAGUGCCAAAUAACAGGCCCGGGGCCCCUCCACCCUUCAGCGCACCGCUUGGCUGGUAAGGUCAUCAACCGUCUGUCGGCUGUGGGCCAGGCGCUCGGUGGUCUGGUGUCUCAGAAGAAGAGGCUGACCAAUCGGGUGGUGGAGAUGAGCGAGAGGAAAGGAAACGCCUUUGGAGAGGCAGUUAAAGGAUUUGUAGAGAUGACCCUGAAGGGAGGUUCUGACCCCACUGGGCCUAUGGGAGCAGAGUACCUACAGGAAGUGAGGUCAUCACUCUCGUCGCUCAGGGAGAUCCUGUUGGAUUAUCCAGACAUUCAUGCCAUACUGGACAGCAUCACUGACUUGAAUGACUCUGAGAUUGACUCUCUGGUAGAGCUCGCUCUUCACAAAGUGGCCUUGAAGCCCGUCUCCUCCCAUCUCUACUCCUGCAUCCACACCUCCAGGACCAACGACGGCAGUUUUCAGCGUCUCCAGGGAAACUUCCUGUUGCUAGAAAAGAACGGGGUUGAAGAACUUGGUGGAUCAAAAGGAGUUGGAGUCCCUGAUUCUGUCACAUUGGAGCGAAUACAGCAGAGAUGGGCCAGUAUGCAUGAGGCCUACUCCCCAAACAAGAAGAACCAGAUCCUCCUCAAGGUCUGCAAGAGCAUUUACCACAGCAUGAGCACUAAUGCUACUUCUGCUGCAGGUGCGGUGUUUGGAGCGGAUGAUUUCCUGCCUUGUUUGACCUGGGUUAUCCUCCGUAGCAACUUGGUCAGCUUACAGGUGGACACGGACUACAUGAUGGAGCUGCUGGACCCCACACAGCUACAGGGAGAAGGUGGCUACUAUCUUACAACUCUAUACGCCUCUCUUUUCUACAUCACUAGCUUCCAGCCGCGGCUGGCUGCCCGCCAGCUCAGUGUGGAGGCCCAACACUCUAUCAACCAAUGGCAUCGCAGACGCACGCUCCACUGCAACAAGUCCCGCCGCAGCAUGCACAGACGGACGAUUCGCAGGCAGACAGCCAAACAGAACUUGGAGACAGAAACUGAGAGCAAGAGUGAAAGUGGGGGAGAAAAUGAGUCUGAAAACGCUGAUGUUUCAGAGCGGCACACAAAAACUAGCACGGAUGCUGAGUGGAGAACAAGUGAGAACACAGAGUGUGAACAGGAACUAGGAGACCAGCCACAGACCACAGUGCAGUCAGACUUUCAACCUGCAAUGCAGCAAGAGGUGAUGACCAGCGAACAGGAAGACAAGCUGAGCGUUUGCAUAGAAACAGAGGAGGCUAAGGAUGAUUCUGACGGAGAACUGAGAGAAGACCUGAGGUGACAGACUUCUCUGUCACACUAGGACAGUUCUUUUUCUUCUAAAAGAUUUUGGUGGUUACAGGGUAAUCAGAGAGAGGAAGACAUGUGGCAAAUGUCAGCAGACCGGGAAUUGAUCCUGUGACCACUGCCACAAGGACUAAAGCCUCAUUUCGUGGGUCGUGCUUUGCCCCUGCGCCACCACAGCACCCUGCAUUAGAACAGUUUGUCAAAGUCUUUCCCCCUGGGUCAAACAAACCCUUCCUAAACCCACAUUAAUCACCCCUCUAAAACAGCAUCAUCUGCAUUUUUACAUCAAGAAAGUCCCUGAUGUAGGUCUUAGUUGAGGGUGUUCAGAGUGUUGCUUUCAUGUUUGGACCUGCCUCUGUGCGUUUCCGCUCUGUGUAUCGACUUUAUCUUCCUGUUCAGAUGGUGAUUCUAAUUUAACCUGUGUAUGUGUUUGUAUUAGACCUGGUGCACAAUGCUUCUAGCUCUUUGAAACCGGACAUCAGGUUAACGUCUCCUGAACUCUGAACACCGAGAAGCAGAGUCAACGAAUGAGUCAGUGGUCUUAAAUUAGAGUUUGUUAAUCAAUAUAGCCUUUCUAAAAGUCUUAAGGUGAAUUACCUUGCAAAAUUGUUCAUACCCCUUGAACUUUUUAACAUUUUAUGACUUUAUAACAAUGUAUAUGUCAUACGUUGGCAUGGCCUGGUCAGAGUUUAGAUCUAAAUUCAAAUAAGAAGCGAUGAAGAGCUGUUUUGGCAAAAAUUCAAAAGAAAUUGUACAUAUGCAAAGAUGGUGACAUCUUUUGUUGUUUUCAGACUGAAAAUUUUGAUUUCUCAGAAACAAAAGGAGAAAAAAAGAUUUUAAACCAAAUAAAUACAGUUUGGUUAACAUUACAUGCUAUUUUUGAUAUUUCUCAGGGGGACCACUGACAGAUGACCUGAGAUGGACUUAUCUAAUAUGUCAGUUAAGCUUCUAUCAUUUUUAGUAUACAAAUGCAUAUAAUAUUAAAUACAUGUCUGUGAUCAGAUUAAAGUUAUGCACUGAUGUGCUGUUGCUAUUUCCUUUCAAAUAGGCAGCUGCUUCGAAGCAUCACUAGCUUGUUUCUUUAUCACUGUACCUCUACAAAUUGUUGCCAGUGGGGGUUUGUUAUAGGUCAGUAAUAUUUAACUGAGAUUUCUAUCUUCAAGAUUAUAUCUGUGUAGCACACACAAGCUUUUAUUUAUCAGACAGCGAUAAUGUUCCAUGGAUGUGUAGCACUGCUUGCUUCUAAAUAAAGAUCGCUUCUCCUCGCCGCUAA